CCGCAGGGGAGUGGCGCUGUUAAGAAAUGUAGACCGUGCUACCUUCGUUAACUACUAUGCAAGGAAGAACGGGAUUCAUCGCUGUCCCCACAUCGGGAGUGCUAAUUGCCUUGAGGACGGCGUACUUCAAAGCACCUGCAGGACCUCGGGUCUAUCUCACCUCGGACUUUGACCAUGCAGGCGAGAUGCUAUCACAACUCUCAGCCCUCUCGGAAAAUGUUAAAUUUGCCAUCACACGUCCUUCUCCAAUUAGGCUAUGCGCGGCCUAUCGUUGUCUCUGGGGGUAGGCGAGAUCAAUGCCAAUAACUUG